AUGGCUCUCAUCUGCCAACACCAGAUGGCAGCACUGUCGCAGGGGGUUCAGGCUCUCACCAUGUGGCAGAAAUUACAAUUAUUCUACCAAGGGAUUUUAAGAAAUGGAGACAAGAGGACAGACGGUUGGCUGCUGGUCUACUCUCCUGUGCCAAUCAGCUUCAUCUUCCUGUGCUACCUGGUCAUCAUAUGGGUGGGGCCAAAGCUGAUGGAGAAGAGGCAGCCAGUCAAUCUUAGACCCGUCCUGAUAGUUUACAACUUUGCCAUGGUCUGCCUGUCGGCGUACAUGUUCUAUGAGUUCACAGCCUCCUCCUGGUUGGCCAGAUACAGUCUGCUGUGCCAGCCGGUCGACUACAGUGACAGCCCGCUGGCCACGAGGAUGGCCAGAGUGUGCUGGUGGUUCUACUUCUCCAAAGUGAUCGAGCUCAGUGACACCAUAUUUUUCAUCCUGAGGAAGAAGAACAGUCAGCUGACCUUCCUCCACGUCUACCAUCACGCCACCAUGAUCUUCAACUGGUGGGCCGGGGUGAAAUACGUGGCUGGUGGCCAGUCAUUCCUGAUUGGUCUGAUCAACUCCCUGGUCCACGUCGUGAUGUAUCUGUACUACGGCCUGGCAGCCGUGGGGCCGAGCGUGUCCAAGUACCUCUGGUGGAAGCGCUACCUCACCUCCCUGCAGCUGCUCCAGUUUGUCACAGUAACCAUCCACACCACCUACAACCUGUUUGCUGACUGUGGCUUCCCUGACUCCAUGAACAUAGUUGUGCUUGUCUACUCUCUCAGCCUCAUCGCUCUCUUCAGCAACUUCUAUUACCACAGCUACCUCGCCAAGAAGAAGACCAAGAACACAUAG